AUGUCCAGCGAAAGCGACUCCGCCGCAAGGCCCAGUCCCCAAACAACCCCGGAAUCAGGAACCCCACCAAAGAAGCAUACAAUCUUCAACUUCAACGCGACGAACCCGGACUUCGUCCCGGGCUACUCCGUGCUACGCGUGGAACAAGCCAAACACAUGACCCCCGAGGCCAAAACACGAUUAAUGAACACGAUCGUGGACGACCUCGUCGCAAGCGUCGGCCUGAUAAACGAGUACCACCGCAACGGCACGCUGAGCGACGAGAACAUUUUCCAAGUUUCCACGAUGAUGCAGAGCAUUCGACAUAAUAAUGCUAAGGUUGAAGGGCGGUGGGAUGAGAAGAUUGAAAGGCUGAGGAGAGAUCGGCGCCAGGUACAACGGGAUUACAGGGAUUUGGCGCGGCAGAUGGACGUCAUGGGUCAGAAGUAUGCGGGCAAGGUUAAGGUCUUGGAGGGUCAGGUGGAAGCGUUGAAGAAGCAGAUUGCCUGGAUGGAGGCUGGUGGUCCCCUGCGCCAGUCUGAGAGUUGGCUGGGGGAGAAUGUCGAUCGCCGUUGUGUCUCGGAGGAGGUGGACAUGGUUGAGACCAGCAAUGGCCGGGAGCAGAUGGGCGAGGAUGAUGCCGAUGGGGAGUGGGAGGAGGAGAGUAUCUAG